CAUUCCUCACAUGGGUUCAAACUCAUUCAUCACCUGAGCACCUUGGCACCAUGGCUGGGGACCUGGAUCUGCCGCCUCCGGGCCCCUUUCUGCAUUCCGGCCUCUUCCGCAAACGCACCAUCGUUGAGGUCCAUCGCUGUGUGCAGCGCUUGAAGAGUGGGGAGGAUGUGCGGGAGGUCCUUGACCGCCUGGGUGACUUCGUGGUGGAUGGCCAAGUCCUACAACAGACCAGCAUCGCUCAGGAAGUCAAGAAAUUCUCGAACAGCUCAGAUGCGGAGAUCGCUCAAAUGUCCAAAGACCUGCGAGCACAGUGGAAGGAAGACUGGCUGCUGAGAGAACAGGCUGUGAAGGGCUUUGCGGAGCGUGGUGGCCUCGACAAGCGGCAGAGCCGCGAAAUGGAGGAGGCAUUGUUCAACUCUUGCUGUCCACUGGGCUUUCUGGAUGGUGAGGAGAAAAAGGUCUACACCAGACAGUACAAGAGGCUUUGCACGCUGCUGAGCGCCAGUGGCCCCGGGAGCCUGGCGAAACGCCUCAAAUCGCAAGAACUCAUGGCGUGUCAGGUGCCCGGCAUGUCCGACGAGGAGCUCCGCAGCCCGGAGCAGCAACAGCAGCUGGUGGCGGCACGCAGCGAAGGGCUGCAGGGGGCCUUGUUGAUGCGCUCGGACACCGCCUUCGCCGCGACCGAGGACUACAUGUGCGGGAAGUGUAGCUCCCAGAACUGCAGCCGCCAAGAGGUCCAGACGGGCUGGCACAAUGACCACCAAGAUGCGACUCUCUUCGUUCAUUGCCUUGAUUGCGGGCAUCGCUGGAAGGAGUCCGACGAUCAUGGCUUAGCGAGCUGAGCGAGCUCUGCGGUUGAGCGAAAGCCCGGAAGCUUCGGGUCACCAUACUUCCUGAGAGCAAUGGCCUAAUGGCAUUCUAACCUAAUAGCAAUGGCCUCCAGCCUAGAAUUGAUGGCCUCCAACCUAGAAGCAAUGGCCUCCAGCCUCAAUAGCGAUGGCCUCCUAUGUACAUAGCAAAAGAAGAGGAGGUCUUGGUUGCCGAUGGUGUUUGAGGAAAAGACCGGUCGAUGUGAC